GAUAAACAAAGGUGAAAUAAACCCGAGCAUAGGUGAUGGCGUGUUCGGGGCUGCUUUCCUCGAUGCUGAUCUGUAGUGUUAUCAGUGGAGUUUGGUGCAUAUUUGGGUUGAGAAUAAAGGAUCAGAUUGUCGGAUCUGUGAAAUCUACAUCAGAUUGGAUUUAUGACCCGCACGUCUCGAUUACGAGACGUGAAGCGGAAGUGGAUGAUAGUGGAACUCUCGGUAUCAUUCUCGGAAUGACGAAAAAGUUGAGUGAGCCUAUUAUGUUUUUAAUGGAUACGAUUCAUAGUGGUGUAAGAGAUAACAAAAUGAAAACCGACAGAUGGUUUGGUUUCGCAUAUAAGUACAUGCAGCAAUCACUGGGUGCUAUUAAGGAAGUUAAUGCGACAGCAGAAAAUUUGAAGAAUGCAACAAAGGCUAACUUGUAUAAUGAAAUCAAGAAUGAUUUAACGUCAUUGAAUGAAACAGGCUUGACAAAUCUACUGGAAGGCCUUGGUACAUUAUAUUUUAAACUGAAAGCCAUCGGUGAAGCAGAAUAUCAACCAAACAGUGGAAAUAUUUCCUUGUACAUUACUGAAGACAUCAUUAGCAAUGUGACUAUACCCUUGGAAGCUGUUAAUACCUACAUGAGUUCUAUUACAUCCACUCUCAAAGCCAUUGCCUCCGGAAGGAGACAGAUUAUCGGGCAUCAUGCAAAACUGAAUGAAACCAUGAAUGGGUCUAUGCGUAAUUUAGCGAAAGCCUUCAUCUUAUUCAAUCGAACGAUCGUAGAGGCGGAGAAAAGCGUUAUAGAAAACAUGACCUUGACAUUCGACAUAUACGAUCAAUCCCAUAGAUUUAUUUUGGAUCAAAUGAACUACUUCGGGACCGAUAACAGUAGUUUACUGAAAAUCUCUCCAGACAUGGCCAUUGAAAGAGAAACAUCAUCGACGGCUGUCGCGAACAGCACCAACUUUUGCACAAGCCAAGCCGCCAACCACAUCCAGGAACAAACCCUUUUGGUCACCCAGCAACUCCUCAUCGCUAUGAACAACGUUACCAAUCAGUUUGCAGUGAGUUCCCUUUCCACCACCGAAUCAUGCACCCCAGAAGCUGUUCGUCAAUUGAUUAAUAUAGCAAUGCAAGUGAAUCGUAUGGGUAGCUGCAUGAACUCGGAAAUAGAAAACGUACGCAAGGCAACCACGGUGGUUCACAAACUUCUUUGGAAUACCAUUGGCGGUAUCGCGUUCGCUACGGUAGAUCUACUUCCGGCGACCUGUCCAGAAGGACCCGACCGGAGGUGUAUCGAUGUCGACUACGUGAGUUGUUGGAAAUUUGAAUACUGUUUCGAGGAUUCUUUACCGUUUUAUUUUAUUUUAGUUCACCAACAAUAUAACCCAAUAUGCGAGGAGCAGAAUAUCGACGGGUGUUGA